AUGCCCCUGCGUCAUUCAGAGUUGUGCUCCACACGCAGCACUAUGCAUUGCAUCCUCAUCAUUCACGGCCUCAGCUCUGUACCCUGCAUUGUUAUUCUCUCCACCUUCUUUGCAUCAGCCUCUUUUAGUUUGUACAAACAACACAGGUUAUGUGCUUUGAAGAUGUUUAUGUUGCACAGAUGGCAGGACCAUGUUACCUCAGCUGUACAAGAGUUUUACUUUUUAAUUAUGUGUGGAAUUAUUAUAUUCGCAUAUCUUAAAAUAAUGAAAGCGGUCAAAGCUGCAUCAGGAGAGGAUAAAAAGUCGUCAUGGAAAGGGCUCAGAACAGUAAUUCUUCAUGGUUUCCAGCUGCUGCUCUGUCUCAUUCAGCUGUGGACUCCAUUCAUAGAAGCUGCUGUAUUUAAGAUUGAUUUCAUGUUAUUUAUUGAUUUCAGGUACUCUAACUAUGUAUUGUUUAGUCUUACUCCAAGAUGUCUGAGUCCUCUUAUUUACGGCCUCAGAGAUGAAACCUUUUUUCAUGCAUUGAAAACCUUUGCCUUCUUUGGCUCGUAUAAAAUAAAUAUUUAA